AGUCCAUAUAUUCUUGUUCUAUCGUCAUGUUGCACUAGACUUCGGUGCUGAUCUAAUCAGUCACCAUAAUUGCAGGAAUGGAGAAACCUGGUGAUAAUAUAACACUCAUAAAGGUGCCAAAAUUUCUGGCAACUCAGUGGAGAAAUAGUCAAAACCAUGGUGUUAUAGGACACUGUAAAAGGAAUGUCUCGGGCGAUUUGGAGGAAAUUUUGGUAAAACACGAUGGAAAAACCAGAGUAUUCAAGUGUAGAAAGGCUCAACUCUGUAACCCAAAGGCGGUAGAAGUGAACGAAAGCUCUACGACCGUUAAAUCCAUCGGAAAAUUCACAAAAUGUCUCACCGUGUUCCCCGACCUGGACAAGACCUACAGGAACAAACUCAAGGAACGACAUAUUAAUACAAAUGUACAAAAGGCAAGGAGUACCGCAAAUGAAACCAGGGAGGAUCCUUCCUUUGACUCUUCCGAGACGAUCUUUAAGUACUAUAAUCCAAAGAUGGUGACACUAAGCAAUGCAAUGGGCAUUGAAACCAGAACAGAGGAUACAUCCUUGAUGCGUUCAAAGAUUAAGAGCAAAAAACCAGUCAGCGUUGACAUGGAUGAGCUAAAGAUGAAGAUCUUCAAGAUUUUCGAUACGGAAGAAGCAAAGGAUGGAAUACAACUGAAGAGAGUCGUUCAACUCACCAACAAACCACUACACAGUGUCAAGACUGCAGUGGAAGAAAUCGCAUUUCAAAAAAGGUACCGUGUAUGCUCUGCCAUAACUUUUCCACAGGCGUAG